AUGCCCGGCAAGCACAUUGCCGCUGCGCCUGACGAGCCUUGCCGGCGAUGCAAGGCCGCCGCCGUGCUUGUCGUCCGCUCCGAGCCACUCUGCCACGACUGCUUCGCCCGCUAUGUCCACACAAAAUGCAUUAAGCGCCUGGAAUCGUUCCGAGUCAAUUUCGGCGCAGAAAAGCAACGCAGGGUCCUGGUACCCCUGUCGUUUGGCUUCUCAUCUAUUUCGCUGCUGCACGUCUUGGAUGUGCAUCUCAAGACGCAGAAGAGCAAGACGGGCCGCACUGGCUUUGAAAUCAGCGCUGUCCACGUCCAAGAGCCGGGCGAGGCUGCUGGAAGCGCCGACGAGCUCCUGGCCAAGAUCCGCGCGCAGUAUCCUGAUCACGAGUAUGCCUCGUUGCCGCUGCACGAUGUUUUUCGCCUGGUACCAGACGACGCGGCGCUCAGGUCUCUGGUGCCGCAGAGCGAGCAGAAUGCAGAGGCGGGUACCGAGGAGCAGCUCGUGCACAUGAUCAACUCGCUCUCUUCCGCCACCGCCCGCGCUGACGUGAUUUCCACUCUCCGCACACGGCUCAUAGUCGAGCAUGCGCGGUUGAGCGGCUGCGAAAGCAUCCUCUGGGGCGACAGCACCACGACGCUGGCUCAAAAGACGCUUGCCGAGACAGCAAAGGGCCGCGGCUUCUCGUUGCCCUGGCAGAUAUCAGAUGGUCUGUCCCCGUUUGGCCUGCACUUCCACUACCCGCUCCGAGACGUGCUCAAAAAAGAACUCGUCUCGUAUGUGCACAUGUCGGAUGCCAGCCUCGCUCAGCUCAUUGACGAGACUUCGUCACAAGGCUCCACGCACGCAUCUACGAGCUCCAAGAACACGACUAUCGACGACCUCAUGAAGCAGUAUUUCGAGUCGGUCGAGGAGAACUUUCCCAGCAUCGUCGCAAAUGUAGUUCGCACGACAAGCAAACUCGAGGUGCGCCCGGAUGCCCUCUCUGAUCCACAGUGCAGUUUAUGCAGCAUGCCCGUGCCAGGAGGCCGUUUUGGCAUCCACGGUUGGGGCGGCGACCAACACGACAGCAGCGAUAAUGUUGAACCCGAAAGCACGCGGCAAAACAUUUGUUAUGGAUGUACAAGAUCGCUGCCCAAAGCGUUAUCAAGUGCAAACGGGCAUUGA